CAAACCCAGGGGCCACUUGCUAGCCAAAAGUUCUCCGUUCCCCGGAAAAAAGAGAUUGUUGGCUAACGGAAGUUAUCGAUGAACAAUACGCAUGCGAGCAGCUCGCCGAUCGAGUUCCUAAGUUCCCAUGGAGGAAAAAAAUCAAAGACACAGUUUUUUCCCUUUGUUUGCUAUGCCGGAACCAUGACCAGCCACAGGGGCAUCUGGCAUGGAGAGAACCCAUUAAGAUACACCUUCCCUCUCUUCCUCGUCCAAUGCAUGCUUAUCAUCGCCACCACCCGCACCAUCAACUUCCUCCUCCGCCCCUUCCGCCAGCCUCGUUAUAUCUCCGAGAUCCUGGGUGGGUUCGUGUUGGGCCCAUCGGUGAUGGGACGGAUAUCGGGUUUCAGCCGCACCAUCUUCCCCUUGUGGAGCCUGCUAACCCUCAACUCCAUGGCCCAUAUCGGCCUCAUCUACUCCACCUUCGUGGUGGGCCUCAUGGUCGUGGAGGUCGAGUCACUCAGCAGCGGGGGAUCCCGGUCGUUGGGGUUCACCGCGGCGUGCGUGCUGCCGCCGCUCGCCAUCGCGUCAAAAAUGGCCCCCACCGUCCACGACCUUUUCCACGAGGAAACCGACCAAACGGCCUUCCUCGCCUUUCUCGGCGUCGCCGUCACCGUCACCGCCUUCUCGGUGCUGGCCCGAAUCCUCGCGGAGAUGAAGCUGAUCGGCUCCGACGUCGGCCGGAUCGCGCUCUCCUGCGCCGGCCUCACCGACGUCGUGGCAUGGACGCUGCUGGCGACCGCGGUGGCGCUCGCGCAGACCGAAGCGGAGGUGGAGAAAUCGCUCUUUCCGGUGCUGUCGGCGGUGGCGUUCUACGUGACGUGCCGAAUCCUCGUGCGGCCGGUGGUGGUGUGGAUGGCGCAGCAGACGACGGCGGGGGAGGAGGUGAACGAGCUGCACCUGUGCGGGAUGUUGGUGGGUGUCAUGGUAGCGGCCUUCAUCUCGGACAGCAUCGGCGUGCACGCCAUCUUCGGGGCCUUCUUGCUGGGCGUCAUGGUGCCCAAAGGACCCUUCGGGGAGGCCAUCGCCGAGAAAGUGGGGGACCUGGUGGACGGGCUGCUGAUGCCAUUGUUCUUGGUGAUCAGUGGGCUCCGGACGGACUUGUCCGCCAUCGAAAAUUGGGACGGGGUGGGGUGGUUGGUGCUGAUGCUGCUUUUCACCGCAGCGGCCAAGGUGAUGGCUAGUGUGCUCAUGGCCGCUAUGUACAAGAUGCCCCUCCAUGACGGCUUGUCGGUGGGACUUCUGAUGAACUCCAAAGGGCUCACCGAGCUGGUCCUCGUUAACAUUGCCAAAGACAAAAAUGUCAUCGAGAGCCAGACCUUCACCACACUGGUAAUCAUGUCGAUGCUAUUGACGGUGACGGUGAGCCCGCUGUUGACGGUGGUGGUGAAGCCGGUCCGACGGCGGGCGGCCUACAAACGGCGGACCAUCUGGUGGACCAACCCGGACUCGGAGCUCCGCAUCCUGGCUUGCGUCCACAGCCCCCGUCAGGCCGGCCCCCUUGUCUCCCUCCUCGACAUCUCCCACCCGACCAAGCGCUCGCCAAUCUACGUCUAUGCCCUCCACCUUGUCGAGCUUACCGGCCGUGCCGCCGCCAUGCUUGUCGUCAACUCUGCUGCCCCCACCGUCGCCUCCAAGGACCCCCAUCAGCAGCAGCACCUCCCCGCCAUCGGCCGCAUCCAGGCCCAGUCCGACGCCAUCAACCACGUCUUCGAGAGCUACGAGCAGCAUGCCGGCGGCGUCACCGUCCAAUGCCUUACCGCCUUCUCCCCCUACGCCACCAUGCACGAGGACAUCAUCGACGAAGCCGUGGACCGCAACGCGGCGCUCAUCCUCCUCCCCUUCCACAAGCACCAGACCGUCGACGGUGGCAUGGAGGUGGUCCACCAAGCGAUUCGAAGCCUCAACCAGGCCGUCCUCGAAACCGCUCCGUGCUCCGUUGGCAUCCUCAUCGACCGGGGCCUGGGCGCCGGCGCCCACCGCACGUCUGGGUACCGGGUGGCGCUGUUUUUCUUCGGUGGGGCCGAUGACCGUGAGGCGCUGGCGUUCGCGGGGCGCAUGGCGGGGCACCCCAAGAUCAACCUCAAGGUGGUCCGCUUCCUGUACGGGGCCGGGAAGAGCCGAAAACAGCAGCACCGCCACCGCCAAGGGGCGGCGGCAAUGAGUGGGGGUGGGUCCCCUAAGGCGGAGAGGGUGCUGACGGUGAUGACGGAGGAGGAGAGGGAGCGGCGUAUAGACGAGAAUUGCUUGGGCGAGUUCCAGGAGAGGUGGCGCGGGGGAAUGGUGGAGUAUGAGGAGGUGGUGGCUACCGACGUGGAGGAGACGAUGACGGCGAUCCGGAGGGUGGAGGAAAGUGGCCAUGACCUUUUCGUGGUGGGGCGGGGACAGAACAUGAAGUCGCCACUGAUUGAAGGGCUGAACGAGUGGACCGAGUUCCCGGAGCUGGGACCUGUCGGGGACCUGCUGGUGUUGACGGAAUUUGAGGCCACGCCAUCGGUGCUGGUGGUCCAGUGCGGCGGAGGCCCGGCGAUCGAGAGGCUCAUGUCGCCGGACAGUCCCGGAAAGCUGGGGCGACCAAGUGGGAACAAGGGACAACAAUGGUCUAGAGGCAGCAGAAUGUGAUUUUCUUUUUUGUAAAAAAAAAAAAAAAAAAAAAAUAACCUGGGCGCGAAGUUUUUUUCGGCAAAUGUUUACGAACUUGAAAUAAUCCGCUUUUAUUGCUCUGACUUCGAUGCUUAUGGGCUGUAUCCAGGUACUUGGUGUAGUAAUUUUUAUGUUCUCAACUAAAACGGUCAGCUUAACUCCAUGAAGCAAAUAUAGCAGAAGAAGCAUUGUCCGACAA